AUGACUAAAGCGGCGCCAAUAGAAGCUGCCGGCCACAUCACGGCUCUGCUAGACGAGUUCGAACACUCCGGCCCUAACGGUGUCCACAAAUGCCUUGUAUUUGAGCCUAUGGGCCCGAGUGUGAAUUCGAUGGUAGAGGAGCUACCCCAGUUCAAACCUCGAAUGUUUGGAAUGAAGGUACGCUAUCCGCCAUGGAUGGCGAAAAGUAUUCUGAAGCAAUCCUUGGAGGCUCUAGCAUUUUUGCAUCGGAAUGGUAUUGCGCAUGGAGAUUUCCAGCCAGGAAACAUCCUCUUCACUCUGAAAGAUCUCAAAUCAACGCCGGAAGAAGAGCUCCGGCAAGAGGAAAAUGUAGAAGCUGAGUCGAUCUCGCCCCCGGUACAGAGGCUAGACGGCAAGCAAGACAAAUGGGCGCCUCGGUAUCUUUGCGUUGCGCAGCCGCUGUCGCCCUUCACACAUUACGCUGAAGGCUUUAAAGUCAAAUUAUCCGAUAUGGGCGGCGCAUAUUUCUUUUCAAAGCCCCCAGAAAAACCCGUUACUCCCCUUGGCCUUCGGGCUCCAGAGCUUAUCCUGACUGGAGCCGUUAAUAACACGCUUGAUAUUUGGAGUUUCGGCUGCCUUAUUUUUGAACUUAUCACCGGAGAGCCGCUCUUCUGCGUCCCUGGAUCCGAAUAUGAAAAUGAUGAUCAUCUUCUCUCCCUUACAGAACGGCUCGGUGCCCUUCCUGAUGAUUUAUUCAUGCAUUGGAAGACCUCCUCGCUUUACUUUACGCCCGAGAGGAAGCUGUUUAAUUGUCAAAUCGGAGGAGUCGGUCCGGAAGAGGAACCACUUUUGGUGGAUCAGAUAUCCAUGGAGGAGCAGUUCGACUCGACGGAGCCGGAUAUUGAUUUGAAGGAAGCCGACGAAGUGAAGGGACUCAUUCGAUGGAUUUUACAGUAUGAUCCUGCAAAGAGGCCAUCUCCUGCCGAGAUAUUGUCUCAUCCAUGGUUCCGCAACAUUGAUAUUGGGCGCCUGUAA